AUGUCUGACAACGGAGAAAUCGAGGUCGAGAACCCCACCGGCAUCAACAUCCUUCCCAAGGAUGUCGCCGAGGAGCAGGGCAGCUGGUCCUACGAGGAGGUUGAAGUCCGCGACAUCUCAUUGACCGACUACAUCCAGAUCCGCUCUCCCGUCUACAUCUCACACUCGGCCGGCCGAUAUGCCGUCAAGCGAUUCAGGAAGGCCCAGUGCCCCAUCAUUGAACGCCUCACCAACUCGCUCAUGAUGAACGGCCGCAACAACGGAAAGAAGCUCAUGGCUGUGCGCAUUGUUGCCCACGCUUUCGAGAUCAUCCACAUCAUGACCGACCAGAACCCCAUCCAGGUCGCCGUCGACGCUAUUGUCAACUGCGGUCCCCGUGAAGACUCCACCCGUAUUGGUUCCGCUGGUACCGUCCGUCGCCAGGCCGUCGAUGUGUCUCCUCUCCGCCGUGUCAACCAGGGUAUCUCUCUCCUUACCAUUGGUGCCCGUGAGGCGUCUUUCCGCAACAUCAAGAGCAUUGCUGAGUGCCUUGCUGAGGAGCUGAUCAACGCUGCCAAGGGAAGCAGCAACUCUUACGCCAUCAAGAAGAAGGAUGAGCUCGAGCGUGUCGCCAAGUCCAACCGAUAA